AAGGCGCGCAGCCGACUGGCUCGUCCGCUGCAUCCACCUCUCCUUCCCCGCCCUCCUCCCGGCAGCCCCAGCCCCGGCGAGCGCCUAGCCAGCCGCCUCCUGCAGGGGCUGGGGAAAGCAUCCCGGCGCCCCAGGCAGGGCAGCCAAAACCAUGGAACCCUCUGCAGGUUGCUGAUCGGGGCCAGGCGGCUGCAGCAGCGACUGCAGAGGCGCUGCGCCAAGCGGGCCAGAGUCGUGCGAGGUGGCGGGACUGCGGAGGGCAAGCAGACUCAGGAUUAUUAGGAGGAGUCAGUGGCAGAAUACAGAAAGUCCUGAACCACAAGCCAACUGGGAAGGUGAUGGUUGACAAGAACAGCCCGGCCUAAUUUAGGGUUCCUGAUUCAGCCCCAGGAACCUUCCAACCUACAGACCCUGCCUAGGAGGGAGGACUGAACAGCAGGGAGGCAGGGGUCUGAGUGUCAGGGACCUGGGAGAACCAGGCUGGCUCACAGAGUAGAAGACUUGGAACUGCGCUGGGGAACAGGAGGCCCUGCUCCUGCUGUCCUCGUGAUCUCUGGCAAGACCUGCACCCUCUCUGGGGCAUAUUCACUCAUCCGGAGGACACCGGGUUGGAUUGAUGAUUUCUCACUGCCCCUGAGGCUUUGAUGAUUGAUUGUGACUUUAAAUCAGGUGGUGGGAGGCUGUGCACCAGUCCCAUUAAAUUCACUGGUAGAGGUGGCUGUGGCCUGAGCCUGGUGCUGGGGUAUUCUGCCGAAGGGUGAGAGGAGAAGCUAUGCCUGGCAGUGGCCCCAGCGAGAGAAUGACGUGGCCCGGCCCAGCACUCCCUGCUGGCCCCCCAACCCGCCCUCUUUCCUCAGCCCCGGGGACACCGUCCAUCCCGCCCCUAACUCGGACCCGCAGCCUCAUGGCCAUGUCCCUGCCAGGGAGCAGACGGGCCUCUGCUGGAUCCCGCAGGCGCACCUCUCCACCCGUGAGCAUGCGGGAUGCCUAUGGCACCUCUUCCCUCAGCAGCAGCAGCAAUUCAGGCUCCUGCAAGGGCAGCGACAGCAGCCCCACACCCAGGCGUUCCAUGAAGUACACGCUGUGCAGUGACAACCACGGCAUCAAGCCACCCACCCCAGAGCAGUACCUGACCCCACUGCAGCAGAAGGAGGUAUGCAUCCGGCACCUGAAGGCACGACUAAAGGAUACACAGGACCGGCUCCAGGACCGGGACACAGAGAUUGAUGACCUGAAGAUGCAGCUGUCACGUAUGCAGGAGGAUUGGAUCGAGGAGGAAUGCCACCGAGUGGAGGCACAGCUAGCCUUGAAGGAAGCCCGCAAGGAGAUCAAACAGCUCAAGCAGGUCAUCGACACUGUCAAAAACAAUCUGAUUGACAAAGACAAGGGGCUGCAGAAAUACUUUGUGGACAUCAACAUCCAGAACAAGAAGCUGGAGACGUUGCUGCACAGCAUGGAGGUGGCCCAGAAUGGCACUGCCAAGGAGGAGAGUACUGGGGAGUCAGCCGGUGGUUCCCCUGCCCGCUCCCUCACCCGCAGCUCCACCUACACCAAGCUGAGUGACCCGGCUGUCUGUGGUGACCGCCAGCCUGGUGAUCCUCCCAGCACCACUGCGGAAGAUGGAGCUGAUAGUGGUUUCGUGGCUGCUGAUGAUACACUGAGCCGGACGGACGCUCUGGAGGCCAGCAGCCUGCUGUCAUCGGGGGUGGACUGUGGCCCUGAGGAGGCCUCACUGCACAGCUCCUUCAGCCUUGGUGCCCGCUUCCCUGCCAGUAACACUUAUGAAAAGCUGCUAUGUGCCACAGAAGCUGGUGUGCAGGCCAGCUGCAUGCAGGAGCGGGCCAUCCAGACAGACUUUGUGCAGUACCAGCCUGACCUGGACACUAUCCUGGAGAGAGUGACCCAGGCCCAUGUCUGUGGGACCAUCCCUGGGGACAGGCACCCAGAGUCAGAUUCCCAGUCCCCAGGGCCCAGAGACCCCAACUCAGCAGUGGUGGUGACAAUGGGUGAUGAGCUCGAGGUCCCGGAGCCCAUCACUCACGGGCCCACUGCAUACCGGCCUGGAGCCAACCCCAACCCUGGCCCAUCAGUGAGUGUGGUGUGCCCCUUGGAGGAGGAGGAGGAGGUAGCUACAGCUGCAGCUACAGCUGAGAAGGAGCCCAAGAGCUACUGGAGUCGCCACUACAUCGUGGAUCUGCUGGCUGUGGUGGUGCCAGCUGUGCCCACAGUGGCCUGGCUCUGCCGCUCCCAGCGUCGCCAGGGUCAGCCCAUCUACAAUAUCAGCUCCCUGCUGCGGGGCUGCUGUACUGUGGCCUUGCACUCCAUCCGCAGGAUCAGCUGCCGCUCGCUAGGCCACUCAGGGCCCAGUUCUUCGGGCAGCAGCUCCCAGCUCUGAUGGGGCCACCCCAUCCGGGCAGCGCUCUGGAAGCCUGACCACUGAUUGUAGGGACGCUGUCUUCCCCUUCCCAUACUCCCACAGGCAUCAUCUUAUUUAUUUAGUUUUGGGUUCAGGACCAUUUUUUCUCCCUGGAUAUUAACAGUGUCUGGCUGAGAGCAGGGACUGGGAAAGGCAUCCCAAAACUUCCCAAGAGAGAAAGUAAGGGAGACCCAGGCAGGGAAGUGCACUGAUUGGACAAACUUCUGAGGCCCCCAACCCAGCCCCUCUGUACACCCAGCCCUUAGAUGGGGUGGGCCCUGCUCAGGAAGUCUCUGGCUGGGUUACCUGGGGACCUCCCCUCCCUGGUCCAUCCUGUCCAGUGUCCCUCCCACUCCAUGUCUUCUCUCCCAAGCCGGCCUGCCCUCCAGACUUCUGAGACAGUAUUAUCUCCUCAGAUGGAGGUAGCUGUGGCCAAAGUGCAGAAAACUGACCCAAGCACUUUGAGCAGCAUCUGGAAUCCCUGGGCCUGGGCUGAAGCUGCUGCUCCCCACUCAGGAUUCAGAAGCACUGUCAAGCCCACAGUGGGAAGAACAACAUGCUAGGCAUGAAAGGCUGAUGGUAGAAUGAGCACUGUGUCUGUCUGUCUUCCCAGUUCCUCCCCAUGAUCCAUUUUCCUCUUGGCUUUUGGGUGUGUCAGAUUGUUCUUCCUUGAGAGAGAGCCAAGCUAUGACCAGCUAGGUGCUGUGGAAGGCAGACUCAUUCAAACCAUGACACUCAUUGGGAAAUACGCCAGCAUAGAGGAGGCAGAGUUGGGAGCUCCAGGGGCCAUGAACCUUCUGCAAUGAGGCCAUCUCAUUGACCAUUCAGAGGCAUGGCUGGACUCAGGAUUCCUUGGCUGCUCUGAGAAGCCACGGGCCAUGGCUGCCCUUGGAAUUUGCCUGCCAUCACUCAAGGGGCCUCCAGUCCAACUUCUGCCUUCCACUGUGGUCAUUUCAGGGCUUGGUUCUCCCCCAUCCCAAGAACCCUGGAAAGUGCUUGCUUGCUUUCUGGGACGAGGGUCCCUAAAUAUACCUGCCUGCCUUUGGGCAGAUAAUUCUGGUGGGAUGACUCAGGAUGGGGUAUGGAAGCCAUAACAUUUGUUCAGGCCAAAGCAAGGUGCCCUGUGAUUUGUUUCCCAGGCAGGGGUGUAGCAGGGCAGGAGGAGCCCUGUGGCCACCUGCUCCCAGCCCAAACCAGGUUACCCUGGGAAGGUUUACUGUUCCUCGACUUCCCUGGGACCACAUCUGAAUCCCCCAGCAAAGCUGCUGAUAUUUUAUUACCAUUAUUAGUUUACAAAGUAAAGUCCUUCCUCUUCCUCCAUGGAGUUACACUCAUCUAGGCAUCCCAUACACUCAUCAGAGGUUAGAUCCCACACUGGGGGAGUUGGUGGGACGGUACGUCUCACAUAUCCUUCUGGCCUAGCGGCCACUCUGGUUCUCUACCAAGAUCACUUUCCCUCUGAUGCUCCAACGGCCACUGCCUGAUUGGUAGGGUCUGCGUCUGCCCUUCCACUCUGUGCCCUCCCCCUGGGGGCACUUGCAUGCACUGGGGGUGGGCGACCAGCCCAGCCAUCUGGGCCAGAGCCCCCUUUACUACACGCUUCGUGCCUCCAAAGCUCCCUGCCUCAGCCAGGGCCUCAGACCAGCCCUCCUUUGUGGAUCAUUCCUGCCCCUGCUGAACUAAACUUGAGUGCCUGGGGCCUGGCUGCAGGUGCCCCACAGGACACUGGGGUCAUGCAGUGGAGUAGGCAGGGGAUCAAAGCAACCCAAAGCCAAGCCAGGACUGGCCACAGACCCAGCCUCCUGUGCCAUGUGCUCAUGGAACUGUGUAGCAUCUCCUUAGAAACAAAGCUUUGCUGAGAAAAUAAAUGUAUGAACUGUAUUUGACAACAAAAUCUAUAUAUUUUUCACCACUGGAAUUUAGUCAAGCUUUGCAACCCUUUUGCUCCUGUCUGUGUCUUGCUAUCUGUGGCCUUCCUAUCAUGUCCUGGUUUCGGUGGGUGUGGACAGGGCUGGGUUUAUCCACUCUAUCUCUGCUGCUGGAGAAGCCACUUGUAAGGGCUGAGCCAUGGAUGGACCCAAAGCCACUGGGGGAGGUGAGGGAGGCCUGACUGCCACCCUCCACUUCUGCUGUGGGCCUAGCUCUGCCUCUGUGGAUCACAGAGGCCUGAACCUAUAGCACUGAGGGGCCUCUUUUUUGUGGGUUCUGAUAGGGCCAUCAGUGGGCCUUCUUUCUUGCCAGUGGAGGAAGCAGCUCACCAUCAGGCCUAAGGCAGCCCCUGGGCUGGUGGCCCUGGCCCAGUUUCUGAGCACACAUGCUCAGUACCGCAUCUAUGCAAAGGGCCAGCACUGCCUGUGCUGCCCCCGUGUGGACAUGCAGUGGGCUGCUGGCUUGACUCCAGGCCUGGCUACUUGGGCACAGAAGCACCUGAGAGGGCAAGGCUGGGCACAGCCAGUGCCUCCUGGAGAGUGCUCUGACUCUGCAGCUCCCCUUUCCUGCUUCCUGCAACCCUUCCCUCCUGCCCUCUGCUUCUGGAACAGAAAUCUUCAGGGUGUCUGCUCCAGCCUCCAGUCACACCGAAUUAGGCCUUGAGGAAUAGUGUCCCCAGGAAACCACCUUCUGGAACUGCUGGUCCCUUUGGAGCCCAGUGGUUAGAAGCAGCUGUUUCUUAGUUCUGGGGCCAGGACCAGAGCAGUGCCACUGUCCCUCUGGUCCAUCCCCAGGCAGGACUUGGGAGCUGGGCCUGGGCUUCUGCAGACAGCUGGCCUUGAGCAGAGUUCAUGACCAAUGUAUCCUGAGAGGAUAACUUAGCUUUUCACUGAACACUCUUCCCACUUGUCACUAGCACAGGGAUAUCUGACAGCAUUUUGGGGUAGGGGGCAGAUCACAAGGUUUCAGGGCAGUGACCUCUGCUGGGGGCCUCUGCCCAGUGAACUCAUAACUCCUUUUCUGAACUAGGGAACACUGCAAAUGGGCCACAGUGCACUCUCAUAUUUGUCCAUCCCCUUGACCAAGAAUUCAGGGGAUGUGGGAAAGAGGGAGGUGGGGAGGGGUCUUGACUCUCGUCUCCUUGUCCUUUUGUUCAGACAGAGUUGUACCUGCAGCACACAGCUCUGAAUUAAAGCAUGAACACACCAUGA